GAUGACUCACCCUACCCAGUUGAUCCAAGCUACGCAAAGCCCAGGACUGAUCCUUCUCAAGAGGACUAUUCUUCAUGGGGGAUCGUCAAGGCUGUGCAAUACGGAAUAUUCCCGCGUGUUGUCCAACUCAUCGAGCCUGAGAGUGUCGGUUCAGAAAAUGGAGUAGGAUACGAUGUGAAUCAGCUGGACGAUGAGGGGGUUUCGUUGCUUCACUGGGCUGCAAUCAACAACCGGAUCGCGAUUGUACGCUAUCUACUUGCUAAAGGUGCUCAGGUGGACCGUACUGGUGGACAUUUAGCAGCCACUCCUUUACACUGGGCCAUUCGUCAGUCCCAUUUGAAUAUGGUACAUCUACUGAUACUUCAUGGCGCUGAUCCGUCUAUUCGUGACAACACAGGCCUGGCCUGCAUUCAUGUUGCUGUUCAGAUGGGCAGCAUACCUGUGAUAGCAUACUUAUUGGCGACGGGCAUUGAAGUUGAUAGUCGCGAUGCGAACGGACUUACCCCACUUUUGGUCGCUUGCAUGCACUGUCGGUCUGCAGAUGUUUUCCGUUUACUCAUCACAUGGGGUGCGGAUUUGUCGUUGAGUGAUCCACGCGGGAAUACGGCGGCGCAUUAUGCUGUGAACUUUGCUAAUGUGCCGGCAGUGGUCGCUCUAGAUAAGGCCGGAGUUGACUGGAAUUCACCAAACGGUGAAGGCAAAGCUGCCUAUGAGGUUCGGAACAUUCCAUGGCUUGUCGACCGUGUUCGGUCAAUGGCCCUUGCUCAAUCUCGUUCCAGCGGAACUUCUGUCCGGAUGUCUCGUCUACGGCUGACCGAUUUGCAACACUCACCACGCUGGCGGUUCCGCAUCACUGCAAGCAUACCACCCCUGAUUCUACUGGCCUGUGUCUUGCUGCUUAGCUGGGAUGUGACUACAACUGCCAAAAUGUUCGAUGCAACUGCACACCCUUCAUGGUGGUGGGUGUGUCUGAUCAAGUUUGUCCUUUUCAUCUUACUUGGAUCCGGGUGCCGUCGUAUUAUUUCCAGGUUUUCGGAUUAUCGGUCACAGGUAAUCUUGCUCUUCAGUCUAGCAACCAGUACAACCUUCCUUCUCACCGCCACAUACCUGUUGUAUAUGGCUCCCCAAAGUAGCCAUCACUAUGUGCUCCACUUUUUCUUUGUCAUUUGCGUUACUGGAUUAUGGACCUUCUUUUAUUUGGCUGCCACCCGAGAACCGGGUUACGUGCAUACUGUCACAAAAGCAGAUCAGCAAGAUGCGAUCGUUCGAUUGGUCGAUGAAAGUGUGCGCCGGUUGGAUACCGAUUCCGAAGGCAAUGACCCGUCCAAAUCUAUGCCACUUAAUCCACUGGAACGGUUGUGCACAACCUGCUUGGUGCAGAAGCCACUGCGGUCGAAACACUGCGCUACCUGUGAUCGCUGUGUUGCGCGGUUUGAUCACCAUUGUCCCUGGAUCUACAACUGUGUUGGGGUGGACAAUCAUCUGCAUUUCAUGGCUUACUUGCUGUUCACUAUUUUUUCCUGUCUGCUAUUUGCUGUAGGAGGUGUGUUAUAUUGGAUCGAACAACCGUUGUGUCAGGACAGCGAUGGACACAAUAGGAGCGACCCCCCUUGGACCAGCACUGUUCUGGCUUGGUUGACUUGCAACCCCUGGAUUAGUUUCUGUGUUGUGAACGCGGCUUUCUACAGCUUCUGGACUUUUCUUCUAUUCUUUUCUCAACUUUACCAAAUGGUCUGGUUAAACAUGACCACCAACGAACGGAUCAACAUUGAUCGAUAUGUGGAGUUCGCCGGUGGGCUCAAUUUCUACCGCGGGCAACGGUCCGGUGUUUCGAAUUCCACCAGUCCAUACGAUCGGGGAGUCAGACGAAAUUUGCUCGAUCUGCUUCGCCUUCCAGGCUAUAUGGGGCCAAAACCAAUGGAUUGGCAUCAUACGUACUCGUUGGAUCAAAUGGCCGAGUGCAGUUGCAGUGAUCAUCACCUCGCUGAAGCCGGUCGAGUGAAAUCUAACAGUGUGAAAAGGACGUAAUCUAGUUGUGAAACCCUAUUGAGCUCGUGAUUGCUCUCUUUCUCCUCCCGUUCUACUACUCUCGUGUUAUCGUUUCCGAUGAAGCGCACUAACUAGCUUGAGCCUCCCCACUGUUGUCAUCAAACCGAGCUCUUCAUUUCCUCAUUUCGUUUUGUGUUUUCAAACGACCAAUACGCGAUUAAAGCUGGCAUUUUGGAUCCCAUUUUUCUGUUCCCGCACAUUCUGUCUAGGUAUCCUUUCUCGACCGCUCGUUCUGGCACACACAACUUCGAAGCUGUUGUAUAUUCACACACUUUUUAUCGCAGCAAAUUAUUACAGCUGUCUCAUGCAUUAUUAUUCUGCUGGAGUGUCU